AUGCCCUUACUACCAGGAGUUGCGUGCCUGGAAACACUUAGCUACCAAGCUGACAUGGGCCCUGAUGAAGAAGCCAAGCAUAUGUACUUCGGUACUUUGCUCGGUGUUGGGCCACACCUCAAGCGUAUGGAGCCUCAGAUGCGCGUCGAGUACCAGGCCGGAAUCUCCCACAGGCUAAUGCUUCUCAAGGCGUCGCCAUUGAGUGCAGUGCCGAUCUUGAUUAUUUCUGAACUUGAAACUAUCUUACCGCUGCUCUUCGCCAGUGAAUUCCCUCAGGUCCUGGCGCAUGGUGACUUCUCCAAAACCAAUAUCCUUGUCAAUCCAGACACAUAUGAAAUCACAGGCGUUGUUGACUGGUCCCUCGCGGCGGUGCAACCCUUAGGCAUUGAGCUAGACAGUCUCUUCCUGAUGACAGGAUAUUUGGGUCUAAAUGGCUGGCAGGAUUAUACAUGCCGGCCACGGCUCUGGGAGGCGUUCUGGACAGAAUUCUGGGUCGUGUCGGGAAUCGAGGAUGAUGGCGGCCUGCGUCGGGAGAAUGUUCGUUCUAUGGCCGAGAAGGCGGCCAAGAUUGGAGCUAUCUUGCGCUAUGCAUUCAACCGUAAAGCCGAUGGUGGACCAUCUGAGGUGCUAUCGACCUCUGACGCCAUGUUAAGAAUGCCUAAGGCGUGGCUUGACGUGAAGGCUAUAUGA